AUGAGCUUCCUCUCCCGAAUCAUCACCUUCUUCGGGCUUGUCCUCCUCGCCCACGCCGGCUACUCGGCGCACGAACACACCGUCCUACACAGCAACGUCCGCGUAUCGUCAGCAUCGACCGCCCUCCCGCACGACAUCGUCGUCGAAGCCCUCGCGUCGCUGGUGGUGGUCUCCGUGGGCCUCGUCCUGGGUGCGGAGAAAUUGAAGCCCAUCAGUUGGAGCGAGUGGGCGGGCCAGAUCGAGCGCGAGGGCGGUGCGCGCAACCCGUUUCGGCGGCUGGAGGAGCGGUAUGGGUUUUGGGAUGUGCGGGCCUCCACGAAAAGGGUACCCGCAUUCUCUCACCUCACAUAG